AUGGCAACGUCCAGGGAAGAGCAGUCUGAGAUGGAGAAGUGUGAAAAAAGCAGCUUUGGAUCGACCGAACCUUUCUCUGCUGUCAGAUUUAGAGCUCUGGAUUAUGUAUUUGAGACCAGCACCACCCUGAAGGUAACCAUGAACUUACUGGCCCUGCCAGAACCUUACCUGACUGGUGCCAGUGACCUUUACCCCCACAGAGGGAAGCUGACUAAUGGGACCUACAGGACCCCCUGGAUCAGAGGAAAGGUGAUCUCUUCCUGCAAACUCUUUGUGGGUGGUUCGGACUUUGAUGAACAUGAAGGAAGAAAUCAACCUGUUAAUUCUCUAGAAAGAUUUUCUGUGGAAAACCAUGUGGAGGUGAUACCCAGCUCUAAUCCUGACUCACUGGAGGAUUUUGACUUGGAUCAGUUGAUUUAUUUAAAAGAACCACAGAUCGACAAUCCAUACCAGGAAUCCUUCUUAAAGUGGUCACCCGAUCUGUUAAUUCCUGAGGAGCUCGUAUCUCUGGACUACCUGCCACAGUUUAGACGCUUACCCUCGCUGAAAGCCAAACUGUCCAGACUCAAAAUGCUUCCGGUGGCCGACCCUCUGCUGAGCCCAGCAGGACUUGCCAUGUCAGAGGACGCCAUGUCCAGGUGUUACAGGCCAUGUGCUUCCUAUCAAAAGCCUCCAGAUGUGGACCCUGCUAGUCAGACUUGUGCAGAUGUUCAGGAGGAGUUUAUUAAAGAACCACUCUUGGAGGGAGAGUUGCUGCUGUUACCGGCUGUAGUCGACACUCCUCAGCUGAACCCACAGAACUUCACCACCUUUUCCAGCAUCUCUGCUUGGAUGAUUGUUUCUCCUGAACAGCUGUAUGAGCAGUGGUCUGUCCUGGAUCUGCUUCACAAUGGUAAGGAAACUUCUCGUCCAAAACCAUCAGUGGACAUUUCCUGCUUUGAUGUACCCACGGAGCAUGAAAAAGAAAAUAAGCUGAGUGAACGCCUGAUUGAAUCAGAGUUUUCAGGUCGUGUUCUGCUGCCAGCUGAAAUGGAGCUGGACUUAAUUCUGAGUCCAAUUCCUAAAACGAGUCCAAACACCUUCUAUUUGUCCACCUCUCAUCUCCAGGAAGAGCAGUUGCCUCCUUUUGGUACAAUAUCUCUGGUGUCAGCGAGGACUCAGAAUAACAUGGAGGCAGCAGUUUGGAAGGCAGAGAAGCAUCUGACUUGUGUGGCUACGUUGUUACUGUCAGAGCCUUAUGUACAAGAACCAGCCUUUGACUUCCAGCCUCUGAGUGAAGCCUUGUCAGCUUUUAAAUUAGAAAAGCAAAGCUUCGGUGGUGCUGGUGACAAACUGGAGUUGCAGGAGGAGUUGGGAAUCCCACAGGUGUUUUCAGGCCACAGUCGUGAGUUCACUGAGAACAUGAUGUCUGACAGUAUCAGGACCUGGGCUUAUGAGAUGGAGGACUUCGAGAAACUGUUACCUGAAGAGUCAGAGGAAUCCAUUGCUCUGGAUUUUCAGAAUAUUGGUCUAAUCCACCAAGAAACCAGCAUGGAUUCAUCUCAGAGCUCCUUUUUGAUGCAAGCUGUCGUCACAAAUAAUAAAGAAAAACUCUCUACCGUUGUCGGCACCAAAGAGGAGCUUUUAGAAAACAAGUUUUCAGGAGCUGUGGUUGAGUCGUCUGCUCAAGCACACACAAUCAAAUCAGCUGACGUUGACUUUAAAACCAUGACGAGCUUCCAAAAACCUGAGCUGAAUCUGUCCUCCAGGUCAAAUGUAAAAUAUAACCCAAAGAGUCUGAUGUGCACAAGACGUCAACCAGAAAAUGAUCUUGACCCUUUGUCUGCCUUCAUCACGCUGAGAUCCCUGCAGGCGCCUCCAGCUGAUGCAACACCUCCAAACUCAGCCAACACUGAAGCAUUGGAGAUGUGCCAACAAACACCACAGAAGGAGCAGCGUCCUCCUCUGGAGGAGGCAGAGACGCCUGACAGGAGGUCAGAGUACGUGAGCAUUGUUGCGUCAGGAGACGCCAGCAGAGAGCAGAAACCUGCUGCUCAGAGGACGAGUCUGUUUAUUCCUUGUCCUGCCGGUCAGUCAAACUCUCAGGACAAACAUUACAGCCGAGUUGUGCAAAUUCAGGCUACAGACAGCCAGCAGCGUGCCUACCGUGAGCUGCUGGCCUUCGCUCAGCCUUUUUUGACUUCUGCCAGACAAAUGGGGCUCAACUUCCCCUCAUGGGGAGAUUUCAGCUGUUUGGCUCCAGACCAAACUCAUUUCCUCCUCAAACAGCAGGAGAGGGCCCUCUGCAGGGCUCCAGCAGAGUGCACGGAGCUGGUCAAAGAUCAGGAGCUGCUUUUCAACCAGGCUGCUCUGAUUCACGUGUUGGUGACGUUCAAAGAGCUGCUGCUGAAGUGUGGUCUGGGUACUGCUCUGGAGUACCUGACCGAGGCGGCUGAGGUGUGUGCUGAGCAGAGUCUGAAGCAGCUGCUGAAGAGGCUCCAGAUCAUCCUCUUCCUCAGUCACAGGAAACAAGAAGCGGACUUCAAACUGCUGGAGCUGCAGCAGCUGCUGGCUGAUUGGCUGCUUAACGUCAAAGGAAACAACUCUGCAGAAAAAAUUCUUAUCAUGCUAUCAGUAGAUUCUGAUGAAAGCAGAUCAUUGAUCAUCAGCUGCUUGAGUCAAGUGAAUGGUGCUGCUGUGACUUCAGUUUGUCCGGAUGAAAACAUCAAUAAGCUGAACGGUGCCGGUGUGGUUAGCAGUGUUCACGACAGUAACUGUGUGGUGGUGUUUGAGCAACAUAUCGGCCCAGACUUCCCUUGGAGUUGUUUCUCUCUGGUGGUUGAGUUCGACCGUCCGGGCCCGUCUCCGUGGUCCUCGGUCUGCAGUGAGAGGAGCCUCAACCACCUCUCUUUCACCACCAGCAUCGCCGAUGAUGCAGAGAAAUCCUUGUGGUGUCUGGAGGACAACGUUCCCUUCACAGUUUUAGUGACCGAGGGGCUUCUUAACUGCCCGAUGCUGCUCCUGACACUCGAGUCAAGCUUCAGUGUAAAUGUGCUGGAGAGGAGCCACUGUCCAACCCUGCAGAUGCUCGGAGGGAUCCACAACUACACCGUGAUCACAGUGGAUGAAAGCACUGCUAUUAUUAUUCAGGAGCAGGAUGAGCUGAGUGAAGAGCGAGCCAGUGAGGGACUGGUGAUGAGGCUGACUGCACUCUCUCUACAGUACAGCUGCUGCUGGCUCAUCCUGCGCUGCCCUGACAGCCAGGGUGGAGGAUUGUCCAGUGAAGCCUUCAACAACUUGGUGUUAGUUUAUUCCUCCCUGGUGCUGUUCAACAUGAAAGCUGAGGAACUGGAUGUGAAGGUUCUGAUUGUGUCAGAAGUGUUGGAAAUGGCCACAUUCAUCAACCACAUCUGCUUCACCAGCCUGAUGUCCAGGGACGGGGAUCCUGUCAGCUCUCUGAACAGAGACUGGCUCACUGUGAUGCCUUCUCAGGAGGAAGCGUGCCUGUCUCAGUUCCCUUGUAUUAAUCCUCUGGUCAGUCAGCUGAUGUUGAACAGAGCUCCGUCCCUGAAGUGGCUCCUGGGGGCCCCGCUGCCUCAGCUGAAGGCGCUGCUCCCUGAGGUGCCACAUAAAGUCCUGAAGCUGUUCAGUGACAUCACCUCGCUGUACUCGAAUCAUGCAGAUCCCAAACAGCCAGCGACCGUCAUUACUGAGACAAACCAGGGAGCGAACCUUUCACAAGCCCCUCACGCCCACUUUGAUCAAUGUGAACUCCUCGACUCUUUGCAUUCACAGAUGUUUAGCAGCGAACACACCAGCUUCCUUCAUGAAGCCGUGAGAGCCCAGGGUCCCUUCAGUGAAUCGGACCCCAACUCCUCAGACUUUAGACUUGACCUGAAUCGCUCCUUUGGCAACCCAAACGUUGACGUUCACAGAAAUGAUCUGUUGAAAGAGGAGGAAGAGCUUCCUGUGUGGUGUCACAGAGCUGCAGGGAGAACUGUUGGAAGAGUGACCGAUGACCGGACUCCACGGGCCUCCCCAAACGAACACACCCCAUAUCUGUGCACAGACAGUCCUCUCAAACUGAACUCUACGUUCAGCUGCAGCCCCGUUCUGCAGAAUUCAGCCAACGGUCCAAUGUCCCCCCACCCUGUAGUCCACAGUGAUCUCGAUGGCAUCGUCUUCAGUCGGAGUCCACCUUCAGAUGUUCCGUGGGGUCAGAGUGGUAACGAGUGUCUCUCCAGCAGCAGAGGGGUGGCAGCAGGUCCAGCCUCGUACGGCUUCAGAUGCUGGAAAGGUUUGGAGAGGAAGAGGAGCUCCGAGGGCGCCGGACUCUUUCAGUCGAUGCUGGAGCCACCGAAGAGGGGGAGGCUGAGCUACGAAAGGGUCCCCGGCAGGAGAGACGGACAGACGAGGCUUAAAUUAUUUUAA